UGUAAACGCACUACGUGUUUGCGCAUGCGCACGGCGCCAUUUUCCUGCCCUCGCCUGUGGUUGCAGUGUUAGCGAGCAGACACCCGCUCUGUCUUCCAACAACACUGCGUCGAAUUUUAAUCAUUUUUAAUCUUAAACUCCCGAAUCAGGCAGACAGACGACUCAACCCCGAAAAACACAGGAUGGAACACUCGCCAACUACUAGCAGCCUGAUGGCAAGUAACGUGACCAAUAAGACGGACCCACGCUCUCUCAACUCGCGCGUCUUCAUCGGAAACCUGAACACCAUGUUGGUGACCAAGGCCGACGUGGAAGCCAUUUUUAGCAAGUACGGCAAGAUUGUGGGCUGUUCAGUGCACAAGGGCUACGCCUUUGUCCAGUACGCAAACGAGCGGAACGCACGUGCUGCCGUGGGCGGGGAGGACGGACGAAUGGUCGUGGGACAAGUGCUGGACAUUAACCUGGCUGGAGAACCAAAGCCUCAUAGAUCGAAGACUAUCAAGCGUUCGGCAGGAGAAAUGUACAGUCCUACGUUUGAUUUAGAUUAUGACUUCCAAAGAGAUUACUAUGACAGGGUGUACACCUACCCCUCACGGGUGCCUCCUCCCCCUCCCCCACUCUCCCGUGCUGUAAUUCCCUCAAAGCGGCCGCGAGUCAGCGUGAGCGGCAGCCGCCGCGCCAAGACCAGCUUCUCGGCCAAGAGCAGCCAGAGAACCUCUCGCACUAUGAGAGCUGAUGACCUGCAAACCAUCAAAAAGGAGCUGACUCAAAUCAAACACAAAGUGGACUACCUCCUGGAGAGCCUGGAUCGGAUGGAAAGAGAACACAGCAAGAAAUCAGAAGUGAAGAGCAUUAAAGCGGAGGAGUCAUCUCCCCAGCAUCCCAGCAUGAAAAAGGACAGAGAGAACGUGGAAAUCAACGACUACGAAGAAGAGGGUGAUUUAGAGGAAGAGGAGAUCAAGAGCCAGGGAAGGGAAGAAGAUGAAGAGGAAGAUGAAGGAGAACAAGAGGAAGGAGAGGAUGAUGGAGACAGCACUAACGGAGACCACUCUUAAAGCACCGGUUCUUACGCUUCUAACCACACAGACUUUAAGCUGAAAUACGUGGGUGUCUAAAAUUAUGCCACAAACAGCAUGCAAGUAUGCAUUCGGAGUUAAAUCCACAAAUCUUGUGCGAUAAAUAAAUAAAUAAACCAACGUACAAACGAAAAAUCAGAUCCUCUUCGGAGAACACACAAUUUUUUUCACCAUGCCACAUUUUUUCAUAAUUCGUAUAAGUAGGAAUGAUUUCUGUUUUUUUUUUUUUUUCCCCUUCUUCCAGCAGCAGGCUUUAAAAAUUCACCGUAGGUCAAUGCACUUCCAUUCCUCACCUGUCAGUGGCAGCGUCACUCACUAUUUCAGUUGUAAAGUUCAACUGAAUUUGAUUCUAAACUGAUUUUAUGGGGUGAGUAUGUCUGAGGUCUCAGACCACCCAUCAACAAAAAUAAAUAGCUUGUACAGUAUAUACUUUUAAUUUAUUCUUUUUUUUGUUUGUUUGUUUGUUGUUGUGAGUCUAGUGACAUUAAGUGGAGGAUUGUGCUACAGAGACAUGUUUGUUGCUGUUUCAUUCUAGUGGUUUUUCUUUUUGUUCUGUAAUAAAUUUCAAUAAAAAGUCUAGACGUUUUGUGCAA